AAACACAAAUACGGGGAGUUGUGGAAAAUUCUAGCGGCAAUUCACGUCUCCAGUGGGUUUUCUGACUUUAAUGUGUGUUGAUCACUGUGCUGUGCUAUACAAUAUUUGUGUGGCAAAAUAAAGUGCCCUUUGUUUCAUUAAAAUAUCUCCAGUGUUAAUAAUAUAGAAAAAUGUCUCAAAUCAACGACAAGGAAAAUCUCCACAACGGAAUCAACAACGUGCACAUCAAGUCACCCGUAAAGAGUAACGUACUCGCAGCACAAAACGGCAACGCAAAAGAGGAAAAAUCAGACAAAAUGGAUGUUGAAAAAACCGAGGACGCCCCCGCGUUCGACCCCCAGCUGGAGCCCCUGCUGCGCGAAAACCCUCGCAGAUUUGUUAUCUUUCCAAUCCAGUACAACGACAUUUGGCAAAUGUACAAAAAGGCUGAAGCGUCCUUCUGGACCGUGGAAGAAGUGGAUCUCUCAAAGGACAUGCAUGACUGGGAGAACCUAAAGGACAGCGAGAGACACUUCAUCAAGCAUGUGCUGGCGUUCUUCGCGGCCUCCGACGGAAUUGUCAACGAGAACCUGGUGGAGCGCUUCUCACAAGAGGUGCAGGUCACUGAAGCCAGGUGCUUCUACGGGUUCCAGAUUGCUAUGGAAAAUGUACAUUCUGAAAUGUACUCUUUAUUGAUUGACACUUACAUCAGAGACCCUAAGGAAAGAGAUUUCCUAUUCAAUGCCAUAGAAACACUUCCUUGCAUCAAAAAGAAGGCAGACUGGGCUCUACAGUGGAUUGGAAGCAAGACUGCAACCUUCGGAGAGAGGAUAGUAGCCUUCGCCGCAGUUGAAGGCAUCUUCUUCUCGGGCAGCUUUGCCUCCAUCUUCUGGCUGAAGAAGCGAGGGCUCAUGCCCGGCUUGACCUUCAGCAACGAGCUUAUUUCCAGAGAUGAGGGCCUCCACACGGACUUCGCGUGCCUGAUGUUCAAGCACCUGGUGCAGAAGCCUUGCGCGGCGCGCGUGCUGGCCGUCAUCCGCGAGGCCGUGCGGAUCGAGCAGGAGUUCCUCACCGACGCGCUGCCCGUGCGGCUGCUCGGCAUGAACUGCGACCUCAUGUCCGAAUACAUCGAGUUCGUGGCCGAUAGGCUGCUGAUGGACCUUAUUGGUGAAAAGCACUACAACACAAAGAACCCGUUCGACUUCAUGAACCUGAUCUCCCUGGAGGGCAAGACCAACUUCUUCGAGAAGAAGGUGGGCGAGUACCAGAAGUGCGGCGUCAUGUCCAGCCGCAUGGACAACGUCUUCACGCUCGACGCGGAGUUUUAACAUUUUAGACUUAC